UAGACCCAAAGAAUUAGAGGAUGUUUUGGACCGAGAGGCCCAUUGAAGAAUUAGCAUUUUAAUAAAAUAUAUCUAAUCGAAAUAGUUCCAAAUAUUAUGCAAAUCCAAAUUUUAGAUUAGUUUCGUUCUUCGGCAAAACAUUGAUGCAUUCUAGUUCAUCUUAUGAACAAGUGGAGAAUAAUUUGAUUUGAUGGAUAAUAUUCCAGAGCAUAUAGUAUGGGAAAUAUUGAGUAGGAUAAAGAAAACUAGUGACAGAAACAAUGUUUCUUUAGUCUGUAAAAGGCUUUACUAUUUAGAUAAUGCACAGAGAGAUUCUCUUAAGGUUGGUUGUGGAAUGGAUCCUGCAAAUCAAGCAUUAACAUGUUUGUGUACUAGGUUUCGAAAUUUGUCCAAAGUAGAGAUCACGUAUUCUGGUUGGAUGUCGAAAUUAGGAAAACAGUUGGAUGAUAACGGUCUUUUCAUUCUUGCAAAUCUUUGUCCUUUACUACGUGAUGUUUCGUUAAGUUAUUGUACUUUUAUCACUGAUGUCGGUCUUCGUUACCUGGCUUCUUCUUCUGAGUUGUCGUCGUUGAGGUUGAAUUUUACUCCGAGGAUAACGGGUUGUGGAGUAUUGUCUCUUGUUGUCGGUUGCAAGAGUCUUUUGAGGCUUCAUCUUAUUAGGUGUCUCAAUGUGAGCAGUGUGGAGUGGCUUGAAUAUCUUGGCAAACUCGGAACACUUGAGGAUCUGUCUAUUAGGAAUUGUAGAGCUAUUGGUGAAGGUGAUUUGAUUAAGCUUGGUUCUGGUUGGGGAAAACUUAAGAGGUUGCAUUUUGAAGUGGAUGCGAAUUAUCGAUAUAUGAAGGUUUAUGAUCGAUUGUCGGUAGAUAGGUGGCAAAAGCAGCAUGUCGCUUGUGAAAAUAUGGUGGAACUUAGUUUGGUGAAUUGCAUAAUAAGCCCCGGUAGAGGGCUUGCUUGCGUGUUAGGCAAGUGCAAGAACUUGGAAAAAGUUCACCUUGACAUGUGUGUUGGUGUAAGGGACGUUGACAUAAUUUGCUUGUCUCGAAAAUCGAGUGAUCUUCGGUCGGUUUCAUUUAGAGUUCCAUCUGAUUUUUCUCUUCCAUCCUUGGUGAAUAAUCCUUUGAGAUUAACAGAUGAGAGUCUGAAAGCCUUGGCUCAAAACUGCUCAAAGCUUGAAUCAGUGAGCAUAUCUUUUUCUGACGGGGAGUUUCCCUCAUCCUCCUCAUUCACAUUGAGUGGAAUACUUUGCUUGAUUCAAAAGUGCCCGAUUCGGAACCUUGCCCUCGAUCACGUUUAUUCCUUCAACGAUGUUGGAAUGGAAGCUCUCUGCACUGCUGAAAAUCUUGAAUCACUCGAACUCGUGAGGUGUCAAGAGAUUACUGAUGAGGGGCUACAGCUUGCGAGUCGAUUUCCCCGAUUGUGUAGCUUAAGGUUAUGCAAGUGUUUGGGAAUCUCAAAUGAUGGAUUAAAGCCACUUGUUGGAUCAUUGAAGUUGGAUAUCUUGGGCAUUGAAGAUUGUCCUCAAGUUUCUGAAAGUGGUAUCCAAGGAGUUGCAAAGUUUGUGUCUUUCAGGCAAGAUUUAUCUUGGAUGUACUGAAACCUGUUGUUGUAUUGUAUAUCACAUAUAUAAGAUUUAAUUUGUAUAGCCUGUUAUCACAUUUUAUACUUUUAUGUAAGUUUACAUCAUAUCAUAUUGGAUUUAAGCAACCAUAAUAAGAUGUUGUAAUCAAUGCUAUUUGAUCUAAUUCUCAACAACCAAUUUUAAGAAUACACUUUUACACCCUCUACCAUA